AUGGCGGAAGAGCACAGAUGCCAGGCACAGCGUCUCUGCGCGAACAACUGCGGCUUCUUCGGGAGCUCGGCGACGCAGGAUUUCUGCUCCAAGUGCUACCGAGAUCUGCAGCUCAAGGAGCAAGGCAAGAUGGCCUUGAACCAAACCCUAGCCACCUCCUCCUCCGCGAUCCCUUCGCCGUCCGCCUCCGUUUCCCUGUCUUCUCCGGCGGUGGAGGUUGUCGGUUCGAAGAUGGAUGCUGCGGCGGCGGCACCGGCGGCGGCGGCCGGGGUGGGGACGCAGGCGAACAGGUGCAGCCAGUGCAGGAAGCGCGUGGGUCUCACGGGGUUCAAUUGCAGGUGCGGGAUGGUGUUCUGCGGCGGCCACCGGUACCCGGAGCAGCACAGCUGCGGGUUCGAUUUCAAGAGCAUGGGGAAAGAACAGAUCGCCAAGGCCAAUCCGGUCGUCAAGGGGGAGAAGCUCCACAAGAUCUGA